AUGACUCCAGGUGAUGACUACGGGUUUCUAAGGCCUCCAGGCAACGAGGAAUACGAAGAGACCUACCGCACUCCCUCGAACUACAAACCCCUUGACACAUUCAAGCUUCCAUCUGGGCCUGGCCGGCACUAUAAACAGCAGUAUGGCGAUAUGUACUUCCUGCGGCUCGCUGGGCUGAAGCCCGCGGUCGAGAAAAUUGCGACAGAAGCAUGGGAGGGUAUCAGUAUCGCCGGAGAGCGUGCCAGACGUGUGGAUCGAGUGCUUGAUGUACGACAGGGUGAGCUGUGCUGGGUGGCCGGCACAGUGUAUAUGGAUAUGCCAAUGAAGCCCAACAUUCUGGACGAUCUCACCAAAGAGAACUUUACCUCCGCACCACCUCCGCGCCGUACCUAUGUCGACUCAACCAACCCAGCAUUGACCCAGACUACCCUAGAGGAUGCGUCGGGCCGUGUUCGUCUGGCUGGAGACUUCCUUUCAUCCGUCCAUCUUACUACUGGUACUGUCAUCGCGGCGUUAGGAACAGAGAAUGCCAAUGGAGAUUUCGAGGUUAUCGACAUUAAAGUGCCAGACCUGCCUCCACAGCCACAAAGAUGGGGCAGUGAAGGUCCAAAACAUAACGGCAAGGACGCAGCUCCAAAGGAAUCUGGAAAGAUUGCUUUUGUCAGUGGACUUGGGAUUACAGGGACAUCGAGCGAUACGCUCGCAUUGGAAUUGCUUACAGAGUACCUUCUUGGGUACACAGGGUUCUCUGGGAAUGAGGACACUGGCCUCUCUUCGGGUGCUUCAAAAAUCACACGACUCAUCAUUGCGGGCAACUCUCUCGGAGCUAGCGUGAUAACCGAUGCAGCAUCAGCUGGUACGGACAACGGCACAAAGAAGAAGGUUGUCCCGAGAAAGUACGGAUAUGAUGCUUCGGCGUACAACUCUUCACCCAUCACACAGCUGGAUAGCUUCUUGUCGGAAAUUCUACCUAGUAUCCCAGUCACCCUGAUGCCAGGCGAGGCAGACCCAGCAAAUUUCUCCCUUCCUCAACAGAGCAUUCACCGUACCAUGUUUCCAAAUUCAAGAGCAUACGCUGCGCCUCCACCAUCUGGCGAAGAGAACCCGGAAGCAGGCUGGUUUGACAGCGUCACCAAUCCUUGGGAGGGUGAAGUGGAAGGCUGGCGAGUAUGGGGAUGUAGCGGCCAGAAUGUCGACGAUGUUCUGCGGUAUCUCGACUUCUCUGGUGAGAAUGGAGACGCAGACAAAGACUCGGACGAUUCUGGCGCUCGCAUGCAGGUUAUGGAAGCAAUGCUCCGGUGGCGAAUUGGAGUUCCCACAGCCCCGGACACACUCUGGUCGUAUCCGUUCCAAGAAACCGAUCCGUUUAUUAUCGAGUCCUGUCCGCAUAUUUUUUUCACAGGAAAUCAACCUUCUUUCAAGACUGCCGUGAUUGACGGUGACCUUCCUCUCCACCUGGAUGGUGGUGAUACUGAGAUGACAGACUCUGCUGGCGAGACAUCUGUACCUCGAGUCCGACUACUGUCUCUUCCACGUUUUAAGGAAACCGGGGAGCUGAUUCUGGUUGAUUCUGAGACUCUGGAGGUUGAGGUUAUCCGGUUUGGUGUUUUUGCAGGACAGGAAGAGAAAAAAUAG